AUGAAGAACAUUAGAUCGUGUGAAGAGAUCGGCAUUCUGCAACACGAUUUGGAUGAGUUACAAAAAUCAGAUAUGCAUGCAGAUGAUUACAAAAACACAUCAGCUAUACUUAGAACAAGACUCGAAAGACUGUUGAAGGAAAGAGAGUUAAGAAAAUCUUCCAGGAGUACUCAAACUGAUGAUUUUCAUGGAAAUGAUAAUAGUAGUAAUAAUAAUAACAAUAAUAAUACGAUUGGGAAUCGCAAAAUAUUUUCAACAGGGACCCAUCCUGAUGAAGAAUUACGAAUUCGCCCUCCAACAAACAGUCAACGUUUAUUAGUAGUAGCAAAUCGUCUACCUGUUUCUGCCACUAGAAAGGGUGAUGCAUCAUGGCAACUUGAAAUGAGUGUUGGGGGUUUAGUCAGUGCACUUUUAGGUAUAACUGAAUUUGAAACAAGAUGGAUCGGAUGGGCUGGAGUAAAUGUAACUGAUGAAAUCGGGAAGAAAUCAUUGACCAAAGCUUUAGCUGACAAGAGGUGUGUCCCGGUUUUUCUUGAUGAAGAUCUUGUUAAUCUGUAUUACAAUGGAUAUUGUAAUAAUAUCUUAUGGCCUCUCUUCCAUUACCUUGGUCUCCCACAAGAGGAUCGCCUUGCUACUACUCGUAGUUUUCAAUCUCAAUUUGAUGCUUACAAGAAAGCUAAUCAGUUGUUUGCUGAUGUGGUGAGUGAGCAUUAUAUAGAAGGGGAUGUCAUUUGGUGUCAUGAUUACCAUUUGAUGUUUCUACCUAAAUAUUUGAAAGAACGUAAUAAUAAGAUGAAAGUUGGUUGGUUUCUACACACACCGUUUCCUUCCUCCGAGAUUCAGAGAACACUGCCUUCCCGAUCUGAGCUGCUACGAGCCGUUCUUGUAGCCGAUCUUGUUGGCUUCCACACCUAUGAUUAUGCAAGGCACUUUGUGAGUGCAUGUACUCGAAUUCUUGGGCUUGAGGGUACUCCUGAUGGAGUGGAGGAUCAAGGGAAACUUACUCGUGUUGCUGCGUUUCCUAUUGGGAUAGAUCCUAGUAGGUUUAUACGAGCAAUUCAACUUCCUCAAAUCAAAGAACAUAUAAAAGAAUUGGAGGAGAGAUUUGCUGGUCGAAAGGUAAUGUUAGGAGUCGAUCGCCUUGACAUGAUUAAGGGAAUUCCACAAAAGAUUUUGGCAUUUGAAAAAUUCUUGGAAGAAAAUCCGGAUUGGCAUGACAAAGUAGUGUUGCUUCAGAUUGCAGUGCCAACAAGAACAGAUGUUCCCGAGUAUCAAAAGCUCACAUGUCAAGUUCAUGAAAUUGUUGGAAGAAUUAAUGGAAGAUUUGGGAGCCUUACAACUGUCCCGAUUCAUCAUUUGGAUCGCUCUCUUGACUUUCAUGAAUUAUGUGCACUAUACGCCAUUACAGAUGUGGCUCUUAUUACAUCAUUAAGGGAUGGAAUGAAUCUUGUGAGCUAUGAAUUUGUAGCUUGUCAAGCUUCAAAGAAAGGCGUUCUAAUCUUAAGUGAGUUUGCAGGAGCAGCACAAUCUCUGGGUGCAGGGGCAAUUUUGGUAAAUCCAUGGAACAUUACAGAAGUGGCUUCUUCAAUUGGUUAUGCUCUAAAUAUGCCUGCUGAGGAGAGGGAAAAAAGACACCACCAUAACUUUGUGCAUGUCACUAGUCAUACAUCCCAAGAAUGGGCUGAAACAUUUGUUAGUGAAUUGAAUGAUACGAUUGUGGAAGCUCAAUUGAGGAUUAGACAGAUUCCACCUCUACUUGAAACAAAUGAAGCAGUUGAACGAUAUUUGGAUUCAAGCAACCGUUUACUCAUUUUGGGGUUUAAUUCAACACUGACCGAACCCGUGGAUACGGGUAGACGAUUCGAUCAAUUCAAAGAGAUGGAACCGAGACUACACCCUGAAGCAAAAGAAGCUUUAAAGAGACUUUGUGAUGAUCCAAAGACUACAAUAGUCAUCCUAAGUGGAAGCCACCAUUCAGUCCUUGAUAAGAACUUUGGAGAAUUAAACAUAUGGUUGGCUGCAGAACAUGGAGUGUUUUUAAGAACACCCAAUAAAAAAUGGACAAGAAACAUGCCCCAAGUACACAUGGAUUGGGUUGAUAGUGUCAAGCACGUGUUUGAGUAUUUCACCGAGAGAACUCCUCGAUCUCAGUUUGAGCUUCGUGAGACAUCAUUGGUUUGGAAUUAUAAGUAUGCAGAUAUCGAGUUUGGAAGGCUUCAAGCUAAAGACAUGUUGCAGCACCUUUGUACAGGACCCAUAUCAAAUGCAUCCGUAGAAGUUGUUCAAGGUGGCAGGUCCGUUGAGGUUCGCACAACUGGAGUCACCAAGGGUGCAGGAAUUAAACGUAUUUUAGGACAAGUCAUACAUUAUAAAGACACAAGGGAACCAAUCGACUAUGUUCUAUGUGUGGGACAUUUCCUCCCCAAGGAUGAAGAUCUUUACACAUUUUUUGAGCCGGAGCCACCUACUCCGGUGAGGUCAAGCUUAUCGACCCCGGUCAACAGAUCAUCUUCGGAUCGAAACGGGUCCACAGGACAUAAAAAAUCUCAUCCGUUUCCUCCUUCCAACAGCAAUCAUAUUAGCAAUGGGGACAAAAAAGAUGCCACACCAUCCAUUCUUGAUCUCAAUAGUAAUAAUUACUUCUCUUGUUCCGUCAAAAGAAAGCUAUCGAGUGCUAGGUAUCUCUUAAGUUCAUCAGCCGAUGUUGUCUCGCUGUUGAAACAAAUGGCAGAUGUUUUAUAG